CGAUAUUGUAACUAUUCUAUUUCAUACAUCACAUUUUCUGUCUCAACUACGGACAACAUUUGCAAAAAGAUUUGCCCAUCUAACCCAUGAUGGAUCCCAACUUUCCUCCUAUCACCAAUGCAGCUAUCGACCAAGCUCAAGUUGCACAAUUCCUUCCUCGAUAUAACACUUUCACUCACAAUAAUCGUAAUCGGAACGAUCCUGCGUCUACAAUAGGCAUCGCAAUUAAGUUGAUAGUGGCUCUUGCCAUCCUUAUUUUUUCCUUGCAAUUGCUCUCGUAUGCGAACCUGAACCGUGGACCAGGCUUCUGGCAACCCGGUCGCAUCUCCGGAGCUUCUCAGCAUUGAAAGGAGAUAAAGCAUGUGUCUUGCUGUGGAAACUGAAGAUGCGGAGAUUAGGGAAAUUGUUGGUUGCUGCCUGUCGUGAAAAUGGGAAGAUGGUAGAUAACUUGUGUCUGUUUCGAAUUGUAUGUCUGAAAAAUUUGGGCGAGUGAGGGGUGUAUAGCUG